AUGUCAAAAACAUUACUUGGAGAUUUCUGGAAAAACAAGUCUUUGGCUAAAGGGUUAUCUUUGAAACAACCUGAAUCAACGGGUAACUGGAAAGACAUUGACAUUUAUAAACCAAGUAAAACAACACUGAGUGUUGAAGAAUAUGAUAAACUAUUUAAACGAAUCCGUAAUGGUUUUGUAUUACAGCAACUUCAAGAAUAUGUUAAAAAUCAUGAUGGUACAGUAGUUGAGCAACAUGUAAAAGGCACAAAAAACGUAUUGAUUAAGCAUAUUAUCAAUAAUAUAUGGAAAAUAUCAACGUUUUUAAACGAAAAGGGUGAAUCCUUGAAGUGGCUAGAAACCCAGGCAAAUGUGAAAAUUGACAUCGAUCUUAAUACAUUUUCAUAUAAAAUUUCAGGACUUGAAAAAGACGUCCAUAAAGCUAAAGAUAUCAUUGCAAAAUUAACUUCAUAUACAUCAACCACUGCUGAUCUCCCUCCUAAUAUCAAGGACGAAGGUAAAAGUUUACAAGAAAUGAUGCCUUAUGUACAAGAUAUUUGUAGAUCAUCGGGAUCAUUUAUUGAGCUUGGUCAGAAAAAUCAGAUAGUUAUUUAUGGGCAGACCUUGCAAAACAUUAGGAAAGCACAAAGAUUACUCAAUAUUGCCUGGAAAAAGCCCGAUGAAAAUGAAAAUCACUUGGUCUUAUGUAGUAAUAAACAAGAAAUCAAUGAGUAUUCUUUUCUGCCUGUUCAUGAUGUGGUGACAUUACCUGUAUACCAUAGAAAUAUGCAUUGGCACCGUCUUGAUCCGGUUUCAACAAUGGGUAUUAGACCAAAUAUUCAAGAUCAGCUACAUAUCUUUUCAAAAGAUUCCUUUCAUCCUAAAGCAACGGUUACGGAUUUCAAUAAUCUUGGAGAUUUCGUGAAAAAGUAUUUGAGUACGACGCGAGCAUCAAAUCCUCAAAUCGAGUUACAUUCAUUGUUUGGACAUAUUAUUUUCCAUGACAAAAUAAAAUCAAAUCAAAAUUUAUUUACUUCUCCAAUACCUGGGACUUGUACUCGCAAAAUGUUUGAAGAGUGGUCCAAAUUGACAAACCCAACAAGACUAUUUCUUCCUAGUUAUCCGAGUCCAAUACUUUUAGGAACUCUUAAGCCACUUUCGGAUUUUCGAAAAAUUGUCCAACUUGAAUACUUGCCAUCUAAUGCUACAGAUUUAUCGAUAAAUCGGCUGAGUGUGCAGUUCGACGUAAUUAAUAAUGAGUUAAAGUUAAAAGAAUUUAUAAUAUCCAGGCGGCGUCUUUUGAUCGACAUGAUAAUGAUGGAUUGUCCAAAAGACAUUCGAUUAUUGUCUAUUACCAAAGAAUCUUUGCUUGAAAACAAAAAUAUUGAAGGUUUGAUUGAUCAAUGUAAAUUCCAAGGUGAUGUUAAAUGUCCAAAAGAAUAUACUUUGAAAAUACAUAACGAUGAAUCAGUGUCGAUCCCAUAUUCUUUGGAUAGUGUAAAAUUAUAUACAUGUGGAUAUUACGAAUAUAAUGGAUUUACAUUAAUUGUUAAGAAAGUUUUAGAACAAGAAACUAAUAUCAUUAGACCAGAGGUUAAGUUAUUAUAUGUGCCAGUUAAUAAUAUACCUAAUGAUCUUAAUGAAGCCCAAAAUUAUUUAGAUUUUGAUCAUUGGGAUAAAUUUAUUUUUUCAACUUUGGAAUUUGCUAAUCUUUUGGAUUCAAGUUUUUGCAAAACAGACGAAAUAAAUCUAGGAUUAUUUAAUAGGGCUAAGUGA